UUUAAUUUUUUUUAAUUUUUAUUUUUAUGUCGAACCUUCCAUCGGCAUCCUACUAUCCUUCAUCAUUUUCUUCCCUUUAAGAAAGAUGCUUGGAGCGAUUUCAGAAAGAGAGAGAGAGAGACGUUGGCUCAUUUGUGCCUUCAUACUCAGGCUAACGUUUCGUGGAUUGCGAGGUCAUAGUUCCGCUUUUCGUCUCACCUGGACGCUGUUUCUUAGCAAUGGAUGAUUGUUAUGUACCUGACCCUGAAGGGAUCAAGGUUAAAUUUGGAGAUACCAUGAAGUGCGUGAAAUUUUAUGGUCGACCCGGGAUGGCUAGUUUGAGGGGGAAAAUCCUUGAUUCAUUUUAUAAUAUCCCUCCCAAUGCUGACUUUACCCUGACAUAUACUGAUUAUGAUGGUGAUGUGAUAACAAUCAGUGAUGAUAUUGAUGCGAAUAGGGCGGUCGGACGGGGCAGGAUUGAUGUGCAACUGAGCAACAACAAAGGUGUUAACACCUACGCUCAAUCUGUUGAAAGUAUUUCUACCCAACUUACUUCUCUUCAAACCCGGCAUCCAUAUCCGAAGAUCGAAACCGGUGUAGUUGCUAAGGUUUCAAAAUCAGUGCUGCAACAGCUCCGGGAAGCACUUCUGCUACAUGAAGCUCUUUCAAAGAUUUCGGAGGAUAUAAUUUCUAAAGCUGUCUCUGAUCCAGUUCUUGUUGAUUUAAUAUCAAAGACCGCACAGACCUACCUCAAAUAUCUGGAUUCACAAACUCAUUCUGGAAUGGAUUCAACUACGCCGAAUGUUGAUAUUGACGAGGGGGACGAAGCUGGGUGCCAAUGAACCGUGCAAGAGUUUGGUUUUACGCUGACAGAAAACAACAGAUCAAGUAAUGAAUAUCAAGCUGCGUACGUGCUGUAAUAGAUCUCACAGUGGGAAGAAGUAUUAAGUUGAAGACCCUUGGGCCUUUAGCAUAUGGUAUAUUACUAUUACUAUUAUAAGUUAAUGCACUAAAUAUAUAUAUAUAGUAGAAACUUGGUGUUUGUAAUGGAAUGAUUCGCUUUUUCUCAAGGGCAAUUGAUAGAACAACAUGCCAUGAGGACAUAUAUAUAGUAGAAACUUGGUGUUUGUAAUGAAAUUAUAUCUGUGACUUGCACAUUCACAGCUUAUAAUUUCUUUGGUACCAUGCAUAUCUUCUAUAUAAUCAUCUUAAUGUUUAUUAUAUGAUAAUUUUCCUAA